AUGGCUAGCUUCGGAAUGCAAUCGCCUAGAAGGAAGAAAGUUGUCUAUAGUGAUAGAUACAUCCCCAGCAGAAGUGGCGUUGACUUGCAAGCAGCCUUCAGUCUAAGCCAAACAGACGACCUGUCUGCCUGUCCCUCAAAUAACAAUGAGGCCAUGGAUCUCGAUCAACGGAAAGAACAAGAAGCCAACAGAACUUUCUCGACGGUGCUUAAGAAUGAGCUCUUUGGGGACAAUAUAAACCUGGCUGGAACUUCAAAUAAGCCGACGGAUCAGAUAACACCACCGAGGUCAUCGUCAGAUAACGGUUCGACAUCCGCAUCAGAGAGAACCCCAAGACAGGCUACCAACUUCUUCUCGUACCAGUCGCCAAACAGAAGCAGACCAACUUCCACCUCCAUUGAAAAUGAUAUAUAUUCUUUGUCGCCUGUACGGGUUGACUCGCAAAGGCUACUCCUCUCGCCCACAAAGAAGCCCAGAUCUAUUGCUAAAGUGCCCUACCGUGUGCUCGAUGCGCCGGAACUUGUUGAUGAUUUCUACUUGAACCUUCUCGACUGGGGUUCUCAAGACGUCCUAGGUGUAGGGCUUGGCUCAUCUGUCUAUCUGUGGAAUGCAUCAUCAGGUUCGGUGGACAAGCUCUGUGACUUGGGAGAUAGUGAUAAAAUCACAAGCUUAUCGUGGAUCGGAACGGGUACACACUUGGCUGUUGGAACAAACACGGGGUUAGUCCAAAUAUGGGAUGCACAGACGUCUAAGUGUACGAGGACAAUGACUGGUCAUACUCAACGUGCGUCUUCACUGGCAUGGAAUGAGCAUAUUUUAACAUCGGGCUCCAAAGAUAAAACGAUAUUACACAGAGAUGUCAGACAGCCGGAACACUAUAUGAAGAAGCUUACCCAUCACAAACAAGAAGUGUGCGGGUUGAAGUGGAACGUUGAAGAAAACAAGUUGGCAUCUGGUGGUAACGAUAACAAGUUGUACGUAUGGGAUGGUUUGAAUGAUACUCCGUUACAUAGGUUUGAGCACAACGCUGCCAUAAAGGCAAUUAGUUGGUCACCACAUCAGAGGGGUAUUUUGGCAUCUGGAGGUGGCACUACGGAUCGUCGUAUAAAGAUUUGGAACACUCUCAACGGUAACAAGUUGAGUGACAUCGACACUGGAUCCCAAGUUUGCAAUUUGUGCUGGUCAAUAAAUUCUGUGGAACUAGUGUCUACUCAUGGAUAUUCCAGAAACCAAGUGAUGAUUUGGAAGUACCCACAGAUGUCACAGGUGGCAUCUCUAACGGGACAUACUUACCGAGUCCUCUACUUAUCGCUCAGUCCUGACGGUCAGACCAUUGUUACCGGAUCUGGUGAUGAAACCCUUCGAUUCUGGAACGUGUUCGAUAAGAAUAAGAACGAGUCGGGGCCUCAAUCUGUCUUGCUGGAUGCAUUCACACAGUUACGUUAA